GCCGGUGACGCGGCGCGCGGGGCCCGGCGGGACGGGGCGCGGCGGCGGCGGGGACAGCACGCGGCGCGGCCAUGGCGGACGGGGACGGUUCCGGCGCGAAGAAGCGGCGGAAGAAGGAGAAGCGGGCGCUCGCCGAGGACGAUGUGGCGGACAUCCAGCACACCGAGGACUUUCUCAUCAAGCCCGAGUCCCGCGUGGCCCGGCUGGACACGUCGCAGUGGCCCUUGCUGCUGAAGAACUUUGACAAGUUAAAUGUGAGGACAGCGCACUACACACCUCUUCCUUCUGGUGCUAAUCCCCUGAAGAGAGAGAUUUCUGACUAUGUUAGGUCUGGCUUUAUUAACCUCGACAAACCCUCCAACCCCUCCUCUCACGAGGUGGUGGCGUGGAUCCGGCGCAUCCUGCGAGUGGAGAAGACGGGGCACAGUGGCACCCUGGACCCCAAGGUGACCGGGUGCCUCAUUGUGUGCAUCGAGAGGGCCACGCGGCUGGUCAAAUCUCAGCAGAGUGCAGGCAAAGAGUAUGUGGGAAUUGUUCGGCUGCACAAUGCCAUUGAGAGUGAGGCUCAGCUGGCCAGGGCCAUAGAAACCCUGACAGGUGCCCUGUUCCAGCGGCCCCCCCUCAUUGCUGCUGUCAAACGACAGCUGAGAGUCAGAACCAUCUACGAGAGCAAGCUGGUGGAGUAUGAUCCUGAGAGAAGAUUAGGUAUCUUCUGGGUGAGCUGUGAGGCAGGCACGUACAUCCGGACGCUGUGUGUGCACCUGGGGCUGCUGCUGGGCGUGGGGGGCCAGAUGCAGGAGCUGCGCCGAGUGCGCUCGGGCAUCCUGGGAGAGACGGACAACAUGGUGACCAUGCACGACGUGCUGGACGCCCAGUGGCAGUACGACAACCACAAGGAUGACAGCUACCUGCGGAGGGUCAUCCUGCCCCUGGAGAAGCUGCUGACUUCACACAAGAGGCUCGUCAUGAAAGACAGUGCAGUUAAUGCCAUUUGCUAUGGAGCCAAGAUCAUGCUGCCUGGUGUUCUGCGGUAUGAGGAUGGCAUUGAGCUUAACCAGGAGAUUGUUGUCAUCACCACAAAAGGAGAAGCCAUCUGCCUAGCCAUUGCCUUGAUGACCACAGCAGUCAUUUCUACGUGUGACCAUGGUGUCGUGGCAAAGAUCAAGAGAGUGAUCAUGGAGAGAGACACGUACCCCCGGAAAUGGGGGCUGGGUCCCAAGGCCAGUCAGAAGAAGAUGAUGAUCCAGAAGGGUCUGCUGGACAAGCAUGGAAAGCCCAAUGAGAGCACACCAGAGUCCUGGAAGAUGGAAUAUGUGGAUUACAGGGAUACUUCCAGGAAAGAAGCAGCUGCUGAUCACCAAGCUGUUUCAGAGGUGGACAGGGCUGCAAAGAGAAAGAGAGACUCCGAGAGUGAAAACGAGGAAGCUGUGACCCCACCAUCCCCUGCCACCCCACCACCAGAAGAGCUGAGCAAAAAGGAAAAGAAGAAGAGGAAGAAAGAGAAGAAGGCCCAAGAGGCAGCUGAGAGUGGGGGAGAACAAGUGGAGAGGACCAGUGAGAGCAGCAGCAAGAAGAAGAAGAAGAAGAAACAGAAGGAGGUAGAAGAGAGCUCAGACUAAGCAGCUGGGUGUGUCCAAAGCAGGCACUCUCAUCAGUGCAAGGAGGGAGGAGUUUUAGGCCUUGAGAAGAGGACUGGCUGCAUGGCAGGGGAGCCAGCAAGCUCAAGUUCUUUUCUGCUGUUUAUGAGUGAGUGGGUGUUUGCCCUGCUCA